AUGGAACAGAAACGCCAGAGACAGCGGAACAGAGUUCCCGUGUCAUGUCUCAACUGUAAGAAGCGUAAGGUCAAAUGUGACAAGGGCAAGCCGUCCUGUUCAGGGUGUAUCAAGAAUGGUGUGCCGCAUCUUUGCGAGUAUUUGGAGCCAGUGUGGUCGAAAAAGAGUUCUCAGGUGAAGGCAGAAGACGCAGAAGACUCACAUGAUGCGAACGCAUCUUUACUACAAGUCAAGAUCGAAGAGACGAGUGAGUUUAAACAGUUUCGAGCGCAUACUGACAAAGUCAUCCUUUCUCAAAGAAAGGAGAUCGACGACUUGAAGCGACAGCUUUCGGUGCUCCAGCAGCUCUCGCCGAAGGUCCACGAUGCCACGGCUAUGGGCUGUAAGCCUAUCUUGAUUUUGACGAAGUUGAACCUCUCUCUCGUUAACAACCGAGAUCCACUCACAAUUCACCACGAUCCAGCAUACAGUGUAAUAGGACGUACUAGUUCUAAAGUUAACCACAUAGAUACGUACUCGUGGAUCAACUUGAUUAAAUUGGAUCCACAGCUUACCACUCUCUGGUUCAAAAUCACAAAUCUCCAGAAGAUCUACCACAUGUACAAAAUGAACAUGUUGAACAACACUUCUAGAAACAGCCCGGGAGCCUUCAGCUUACCAAACCAGUCUGUCACAUCCAACCCUUUGUCGAAGAAAUCACCCUAUAGAAUCAACGAAAUCGACUUCACCUACAGUGUGGUCAAGUCUGAAGAGCCAAAUAAAUUAAGGUGUCCAGUUAUCGAGUGCGAUUUCAACUUCAUGACAGAAGACCAGAUCACACCAAGUCCAGUAGGUGGGAUAAGCUCUCCUGUUCCUCUGGCUCGAUCCACUGAUACCCCAAGGAAGUACAACACUGUAGAGCAAUUCGCUUAUCAUGACCUCGUAUCGGAGAAGGGAAGAACGUUGUUACUUAAGGUUCAGAACCUCUGGGAUUCCUCGCUCAACUUGGUGCGAGGAAACGAAAAGAUCAAUUUCAAACAGCUCUAUUUCCUCAUCGACUUCUACUUCAACAACAAGGUGUACGACAUCGAAUCGAGGCAUAUACUCUCCUUCUACAAGAUAGAAAUUCAGAGUAUAAUUAAGAAGAACGGGAAUGAGAUAUCCAUAAAUAUUGCCAAUGAUCCUAGUCUUAAAUUGACUGACGAACAGCUUUUCGAGCGCCUUAAGAUGAAGGGAGUCUACUUGUGUAUGUUAGCGUUGAUAAUCGAGGAGUCGUUGGAUACCUUGAGACUGAAUGUUAAAGUGGGGUUAGAAGAAGAUAUUGGCCUCAAGUUCCGUUCAUUGUUUCCUACGGAAGUAGUCUAUGUUGGGCAAGGCUCCAAGUUCAGAAAUACUUUGUACAUAGUCCAGGAGUUUGUGUUGCACAUAACCAACUUGAAGUUUUCAGAAACAUCUUCUCCGUCUCUUUGCACCAUAGCUUGUUAUAUAACAUUGCUUAAUCGUGAAGUCGCCGAAUACAAAAAAGACGGUGCAACCUCAGAUCCAAAGCCAGGGUUCACAAGCUUGUUCACUGUAUUGUUGAAAACUAUAUUGAGUGAUGAAGGCACAGUCGAAUUAUGGAAAGACCCUGAGCUCGUCAUCUUCAAGGAACAAGAAGCCAGAAAAAGAAACAGAGACUUGAAAAUCCAUAUGUGCUAUAUAUGGACAGAUCUUGUCAGAUUGGCCAACUUGGUUGGAUUCAACUUUGUGCCCUUGAUAAAACACUCAGAAGCAAUUGACAACCUCUUGCAAAGACUCUAUACAAAGAUAGAAGAGGCAGAUCUGCUUCUGUAUCAUCUAAAGUACAUCACUUCCCUCAAUUCCCAUAAAUUUGAUGAAUUAACUAUAACACUUCAUCUCCACUAUUUGAUUGCCAGAAUCUCAUCUGCUUUAGCUCAUGGGAUUUCGAAGGUAGGCGAUCUCAAAUUGACUAUCGCCAAUUUGGAAUCAUUGAUCAGACAAUGCAGUACCUGGAUUGUAGAUUUAGGAUUACGGAAAUUGAGGCAUAUACGUAGAUUUGAAUGCGUUUCAAUGUUAAUGUAUCUCAGAUACUUCAUGAAGUACAUUAUAUUAUUACAGGCAGAGGAAAGUAUGGACGAAGAGUUGGUAGCAUCAUCUGUUCCGGAUAUUUUUACCAAGUAUCUUGAAAUCAUUGAUCUGUUGAGAAAAGAACUUAUCAACGACCAUGAUGGCAUGAACAAGCAGUACGUGUUACUGGCGAUAACAGAACUUUUGACUAGACUUAUCCAGAUUAUUGUUGCUUUGCUAAUGAGAGUUUCGAAUGAUGAUAAUAUGAUGUCACAAGAAACUGUAUUGCGAAUUCAGCUCAACAACAUGGAAGACUUAAUUAAGACACAUAUAGUAGGCGUUGUUGAGGAUUCAGUAGACUUGCUUGCGAAGAGUCCCUUAUUGGAUAAGGAUAAAUCUGGUAAACUCUCGAAGUUAUGGAAGUUCUAUUUGACGUUUGUCCGUAAUUCCAAGAGAAUGACAAGCAUCAACUACGCCAAGAUACAUGCAAACAUUCCGCAAUUCCGAGGAAUCGGGGCUGCUGGUGAUAUGAAGUCUUGCCCAGUUAUAACACCUAGGAGCUUCAAGAACUCAACGCCACCAGCGAUUACAUCAAAGGAAUAUACGAAAUGUCCUAUUUCGCAUAUCACCACACCCAUAGACGAAGACAGUUCGCCUAUCGACUCCAGGCCGGGUAAAUGUCCUGUUAACCACAGUAUUGUAACAACAGCUUCACCAGUGCCAGUGGAUGCUAAGAAAAGGAAGUGUCCAUUUGACCAUACAGCACUUGAUAGAAGUUCAAUGUCUCAAGGGUAUAAUGCUAUUGAAAGUAAUAUCCGCGGUGUGAUCAAGCGCCAGAGAGAUAGUUCGGACUCGCCUUCGGAUGUUGAAAAAAGUAGCGGAUCUACUCCGGUAGUAGAGAGGCCAGAACCAGUUGUUGAGAUGUCUAACGUCUCCAUUUCUGAGACUCGUCCGGACAACUUUCCUCCACCCAAUCUUGGUUUCGAUUUGCAAGCAUUCAACGACUUUGACUUUGACUUUUUGCAGAGUGCCGUACUCUUGGAUCAGAUUGAGUUUGGAAACAGCGAUGCAGGCAACAUCGAGGGAUUUUUUCAAUAA